UUAAAGUGUUUUAACAGAAUUAUAGCUUUUUCUAUGAUGCACAGUCUUGGAGAUUUACCUUUUGUUUGUACUUACGGUAAAAGGAAACUCACUGACUUAGUGGUGGCUCACAAGUGAAAAGACUCAUGGUAAAAAAAAGAAAGACAGCUUCAGGAUUGUGUUUUCUUUAACGUGCUUUGGUUUGGGAGCCUAAGUGUAACAUCCCCCCAUCUGCUGGAGAAGAGAGAGCACAGGGAGAUGUGGGUCUAAACCCAGUUCUGGAACCGCAGCCUUUGGGAAUUCUGCACACUGACAGCCUAAGUCUCUGCCUGCAUUUCAACACAUCACAAAGACCCCACUGGCGUGCCUUUUUAUUUAUGCAAUUUUAUACGUCUUGUCUAAUGUCUUGACAUCCUCAAAAUAUCAGAAGCAAGCCGUGUAUCCUCUUCUAAUUUAAUGCAAAAUUCUCAGGCAUAUUUAAGUUGGAUUUCAAAUACAUGAAGGUGGGAUAGAAGCUGGACCUAUCGUCUGGACGGGAUCUGAAGAUCACCUUGCCUUGCAGCUCUUGAGUUGUCCCCUAUUCCACGUUAUUCCUAUGCAGCAUGUCCGCUCUGACGCCGUGUCUCUGAGGUGCUAAACCAAACAGACAGUCCCCGCUGGUUUAGGUGUCGCAGGCAGUUGCGUCGGCGUUCGGGAUGUACGCAGCAGUGGAACACAGCCCCGUCCUCUGCAGCGACUCCAACAUCCUCUGCCUGUCGUGGAAAGGCCGAGUGCCCAAGAGCGAGAAGGAGAAGCCUGUCUGCCGGAGGCGCUAUUCCGAGGAGGGAUGGCUGGCUACAGGGAACGGAAGAGGGGUUGUUGGAGUCACCUUCACCUCCAGCCACUGCAGGCGGGACAGGAGCACUCCACAGAGGAUCAACUUCAACCUCAGAGGACACAACAGUGAGGUAGUACUGGUGCGCUGGAAUGAGCCGUUCCAGAAGCUGGCGACAUGUGACACAGAUGGCGGCAUUUUUGUGUGGAUCCAGUAUGAGGGCCGUUGGUCCGUGGAGCUUGUGAAUGAUCGUGGAGCGCAGGUGAGCGACUUUACCUGGUCCCAUGACGGCACACAGGCACUCAUCUCCUACCGAGAUGGCUUUGUGCUGGUGGGCUCCGUGAGUGGCCAGAGGCACUGGUCCUCGGAGAUCAACCUGGAGAGCCAGAUCACCUGUGGAAUUUGGACGCCAGAUGACCAGCAGGUGCUCUUUGGCACGGCCGAUGGCCAGGUCAUUGUGAUGGACUGCCACGGCCGCAUGCUCGCCCACAUUCUGCUCCAUGAGUCAGACGGCAUCGUUGGCAUGUCCUGGAACUACCCCAGCUUCCUGGUAGAGGAUAGCAGCGAGAGUGACACGGACUCGGAUGACUUCGCCCUGCCCCAAGUGCACCACCUGAAGCCACUGCUCACGGUCAGCUUCACGUCUGGAGACAUAAGCCUGAUGAACAACUACGAUGAUCUGUCCCCCACCAUCAUCCACUCAGGGCUUAAGGAUGUGGUGGUGCAGUGGUGCUCCCAGGGAGACCUGCUGGCAGUGGCUGGGAUGGAACGCCUUUAUCAGACCUCUGACCCUACCUGCGCCCCGCUCCCUAAAAAUGCACUUGUCAAGUUCUACAAUGUGCAUGGAGAGCACAUCUACACCCUAGAGACUCCUGUGCAGCGUCCCAUCAGCACCCUCUGCUGGGGCCACCGAGACUCUCGGCUCUUCCUGGCAAGCGGGCCAGCGCUGCACGUGGUGCGGGUGGAGCACCGGGUGGCCAGCCUCCAGCUGCUCUGCCAGCAGGCCAUUGCCAGUACGCUGCGGGAAGAGAAGGAUGUCAGCAAGCUGAACAUUCCUGCUCGCCUUUGCGCCUAUGUCUCUGCUGCCUUUGCUCCCACCAUCAAGCCUCCCAUUCCGGACCCUAACAACAUGCGUGACUUUGUGAGCUACCCCAUGGCCGGAAAUGAACGGUUCCACUGCACCAUGAAGCGCACGGAGGACAACCCGGAGGUUGGCGGGCCCUGCUACACCCUAUACCUAGAGUACCUGGGGGGCCUGGUGCCCAUCCUCAAGGGUCGCCGCAUCAGCAAGCUGCGGCCAGAAUUUGUCAUCAUGGACCCCAAGACAGACGGCAGAGCAGAUGAGAUCUAUGGAAACAGCUUGAUUUCGUCCAUGAUUGACAGUUGUAACUGCUCGGACUCCAGUGAUAUUGAGCUCAACGAUGACUGGGUCGGGAAGAAAUCACCAAAGAUAUCGAGGGGGAGCAAAUCGCCCAAACUGCCAAGGAUCAAUAUUGACCCUAGAAAAUCCCCUAAGCUUUCUCGAGCAACACAGGAAGUGUCCCGGUCCCCACGCUUGCCUAUUCGAAAACCUUCCAUUGGUUCUCCUAGCCUGACUCGUAGAGAAUUCCCCCUGGAUGACAUCACUCAGCACAAUUACCUAGCUCAGGUCACGUCCAACAUUUGGGGGACAAAGUUUAAGAUUGUGGGUCUAGCUUCUUUCCUGCCAACGAACCUAGGAGCCGUCAUCUACAAGACGAGCCUGCUACACCUCCAGCCUCGGCAGAUGACCAUUUACUUGCCAGAGGUGCGCAAGAUCUCCAUGGAAUACGUUAACCUGCCUGUCUUCAGUCCCAAUGUCUUCAGUGAGGAUGAGGAUGAUUUGCCAGUAACAGGACCCUCAGGAGCUGCUGAUGACAACCCCCCAUGUACAGUCAACAUCCCCAUUGCACCUAUCCACAGCCCUGCCCAGGCCAUGUCCCCUACGCAGAGCAUUGGCCUUGUCCAGUCCCUCUUGGCCAAUCAGAAUGUUCAGCUGGACAUCCUCUCCAAUCCUACGGCAGCUACAGUGGCCGGAGUCUCUGAGCAGGAUGCAGUACUGACAGCACAGUACACAGUGCCCACUAGAUACUCUAGCCCUGGACAGGUGAUAUUUGGAGGUCUAGAAGUAGGACGCCUUGUAGUUGGGCCUCAGACUCCCCUUCAACAGCAGCAACAGAAUCAACAACCACAGCAACAGCAACAACAAUCUCAGUAUCAGCAACAUCAGCAGCAUCAACAACCACAGCAUCCACAAUAUCAACAGCAGCAUCAACAACCACAGCAUCCACAAUAUCAACAGCAGCAUCAACAACCACAGCAACAACCACAGCAUCAGCUACAUCAGCAGCAGCAACAGCAUCCACUGCAACUGCAGCAACAACAAAAUCAGCAGCAACACCACCUCCAUCAACAGCAGCAACAGCAACAUCUGCUGCAACAGUUACAGCAGCAGCAGCAGCAUCUGCACCAGCACCUACACCAUCAUCAACAGCAUUAUCAGCAACAGCAGCAACAUCACCAGCAACAUCAACAGCAGCAACAUAUUCAGCAGCAGCAGCUGCAGCAGAAUCAGCAGCAGAUGUUACAGCAGCAACAGCAAAUUCAACAGCAGCAGCUCCAGAUUCAGCAGCAAAUUCAACAAAUGCAGCAGCAGCAGCAGCAAAUUCAACAGCAGCGUCAACAGCAAAUCCAGCAGCACCAACAGCAGCUUCAGCAGCAUCACCUGCAGAUGCAGCAGCUACAAGUCCAGCUUCCACCACCACUGCCCUCCAGCCAGCCUCCAGCUUCACUGCAUCAGCUUCCAGGAAUGUUGCAGGGCGACCAUGGCCCAGAACGAGGGGAGCAUGAGCAUCUGCUGAAAAUGAAGCCACUGCGUUCCAUGCCACAGCUGGCUGAGGGUGACGCCCUGGUCUUCAGCGCCCCACUGGAACUCAGUAAGAUGAAUCCACCCCCGCCCUAUCCAGGCACGGUGGCUGCAGCUGUUGCUGUAGUUGCAGCAUCUGCCAGCACCGUAGGGCCACCGCCAGCCCCCUCCCCAACAGGGCCACCUCCACCUGUGGAUCUGUGCCUGAAGAAGGGUGAGUUUUCACUGUACCCGCCUGCUCCCCCAUAUCAGACACCUCUGGGCUACGAGAGGAUCACCACUUUUGACAGCAGCGGGAACGUGGAGGAGGUGUGUCGGCCACGCACUCGGAUUGUGUGCAACCAGAGCUUGUAUGCACUGCAGGGUCCUGGCUGCUCAGCCACCCUUAGGGUGACCUCUGAGGAAAAGAAAGUACAGCUCCCUUAUGCCUCCGCCACCCUUAACCGGCUCACCGUGCCUCGCUACUCCAUUCCAAGUGGGGACCCUCCCCCAUAUCCUGAUCCAGCCAAUCAGACAAGCUGUGGGCGGAGUCCUGCCCAGCGCAUUGACAGCAGCUUGAUCCAUGCCACUCUGCGGCGCAGUGGUAGGGACGCAACAGUGCUCAAGGUCUCCCAGGCAAUGGAUGCCCCGAGGACUCUGCCCACCAAGUCCAAGGUGAGUGGUGCACUGGCAGCCACUUACCAGCAGAGGGCAACCACUGCCCUAUACACCUGCAGCCAGUGCAGCAGCAGCAGCGGAGGCAGCGGCAUUGCCGGCGGCACCAUUAUCCGGCAGGACUUCCCAGCAGGUGGUGCCCUCCAGCACAGCACGGUGAUGGUUCACUCAAGCAGCGCCUCACCGCUGGCCUCUCAGUCCUCAUAUAACCUGCUGAGCUCACUGGACGGCACCCGUGACCGCACAGACUACGUCAACUCUGCCUUCAGUGAGGACGAGACUUUGAGCCAGCAGUGCCAACUGGAGAAGUCUCUGCGGCAGCUGGCCCUAGGAGAGGUCAGCCUUACACUCAAGCGACCCCCACCCUACCAAUGGGACCCAGCCACCUCAGAGGAGAUCUGGGUACCCCAGGAGCGGUCCUCACUGCCGGUUGCUCCCAACCACCUGAAGCCCCCGCCGCUCUUCCUCGCUCCAGCCCAGCACAUGGACGUGUCACGAUUGCCCUUUGUUCUGUCGCCCAAAUCACCCAGCAGCCCUGGUGGCACUGGUGGGUACCAAGUGUCUCUGCCCUUCCCUACAGGCCCCAGUCCGUACACUGGGCCACAGCUGCAGCCCAUGCAGCCGCCGCCGCCUCCCCCUGCGCAGCCCUGCUCUGCCAAGGAGCUCGUAACCCCCUUGCCUUUUCCACAGCAGGACCCCUCCAUGGUGUUGCCUCCAGGCUACCCUCCACCUCUGGCCUGCUGCCAACUGCCCCCAAUGUACCCGGGUAGUAGCUCUUGUGCUGCCUUGUCGCUGCCUCCCAUUGCGCUACAUCCUUGGAAUCCUUACACCCUCUGUCCCCCCAUGCAGAGCCCCUCAGGGACACUCCCACCCAAGACCCACAUGGUGGUAGAGAAGCCUGUGCUCUCGCCUCCUCCCCCCGCUGACCUCCCGACUCUUGUGGCCUCUCCUGAGGCGGCGGCGGCUGCAGGGGUGGAGGUAGCCGACAGCUUCCAGGAGGUUCUGUCCCUGAGCGAAAGCCCCGUACCUCAGAGAUCUGACAAGUUUGGCAAAAAGAGCCGCAAGAGGCUGGAUAGCCGUGCCGAAGAAGCCAGCGUGUCUGCCAUCACCGAGGGCAAGGCUAAGAAGGAGGGCCGCGCCCUGGGAGACUUCAACUCGCUCAUCUCCAGCCCCAGAUUGGGCCGUGACAAGAAGAAACCCAAGAGUCAGAAGGAGCAGCAGAAAGCCAAGAAGCUGAACAAGACUAGUGAGUUUCAGGACAGCUCGGAAAGCGAGCCGGAGCUGUUCAUCAGCGGCGAUGAGCUGCUCAACCAAAGCCAGAGUAGCAAGAAGGGCUGGAAGAGCAAGCGUAGCCUGCGCACUGCCAGCGAGCUGGAUGACUUCAAGGGCCGCAAGGCUAACGAGAAGGAGGACCGUGGCCUGGGCAGCCAGGGCUUCGUCUAUGUCAUGGCAAACAAGCAGCCGCUGUGGAAUGAGGCCACACAGGUCUACCAGCUGGAUUUUGGAGGAAGGGUCACGCAGGAGUCGGCCAAGAACUUCCAGAUCGAACUGGAAGGAAGACAGGUGAUGCAGUUUGGGAGGAUUGAUGGCAACGCCUAUAUCCUCGACUUUCAGUACCCGUUCUCUGGCGUGCAGGCCUUUGCCGUCGCCCUGGCCAAUGUCACGCAGCGGCUAAAGUGAGAAUCUGCUUCGCUCCACUUCAUGGUGCCACCCAGGAGCAACUCGGUCCGUUUCCUCUCCUGUGUUCAUAGCCGUGGAAAGAUCCGACUCUACUGACCUGGAAAGAUCCGACUCUACUGACCUGCAAUACGCACAGCUGCCAAGGGGGGCAGCAGAGUGCCGGGUUACGGGGGUGACGGACACGUGAUGUGGUCACCAGUGUGGGACGUGGGCUUCAUCUGUUUGUACUUGUUGCAAAUAUGUGCUGGCCAAGGUUGCUGGGCUGGUGGACACACACUUUCCUUACUGACUGCCUUAUAUGAGUUUUCUUUCCUAUGAAUACUGUUACAUUAGAGUUUUUUCAGUCCGGUUUUUAAACACACCAGUAAUACUUGAAAACUGUAUCUGGAAAAUGAAUUGCUUACUUGCAGAUGUUACAGGUACUUCUGGGCACUGAAAUCGAUAACUAUGACGUUUAGGAGAAAUUGAUUACAAUUUUUAGCUUUAUAAGAAAGACAUGUUUUGUGUAAGGCUUUUUUUUUUUUUUUUUUUUUUUUUAAACAGUUAGAAUUUAAUUUUUGCAACAGUUGCGAUGAUGGAUAUGGAAGAACCAUUUUGGACUUUGUGUUUUGUAGUCCCAGGAUUAUCACUUGAAACAGGAAAACUUUUUAAUUUCAGUGGUGGUCAUUCAUUCUGCAAGGAUUGUUGGAAGGAUUAUGUUGGCAGAAUCCAUCUGGAUCUGUAGUUCAGCACAUCUGCUUCAAAGUUUUGUGUUAAUGAUUUCAAAAUGUAUAUACUGUCCAGAUUAUAAUUGUACAUUUAUUAUGUAGCAUUCGGUGAUCUUAGUACCUUGUUUACAAAAAUAAUUUAUUAGAGAGGCAGGAGGAUGAGUUAAGGUCCUGCUUUUGGAAGGGCAUCAAUUUGAAGUUGUGACGGUGGUGCUUGUGGACAUUCCGGUGUAUGUGCUCUAGUCGUUGAAUGACAAUUUCAGCAGCAAAAGAUCUGUCGUCUCCCGUCACUUCUGUGAAGUGAUUUGGUUCUUUUGCCGACUCAACAUAAACUCGGACGUGUAAGCAAGGUACAGGAGAUGAUGUACAUUUCACCUGUUGCUUCAUACCUUUUUACCGUGUAAAUUCUUGUCAAAUAUCGGUGUCAUUGUAAACAGGUCUAGUGCAUGAGGCAGUUUUUAAAAAAAAAAAAAAAGUUUCUCACCUUGAUUGGAUAUGAAAUGGCUCAAUGUGACAAUGUAACACAAUGCUGUACUUCUGUCUUUGAGGGGGAGAUGCUUUCAGUCAGUGAGUCGCGCAUGUGAUGCUGGAGAAGAACUAACUUCCCCCAAAGGCGAAGAGAACGGAUCAGUUAUACAGUAACCCCGAUUCAGAUUUGUUUUGACAAGGAAAUGCGUUCUUGUGUCCUCCGGUGGUUUACUUAGGUGUCCGUCUGAGACGGAGUUGCUCAGGCUUAGGGUCACUGACUGCGGCGGACCCACCCAUGUGACUACUUGUGAUGGUCACAGUUGAUUCUCGUGAUGAGCUGUUCAGAAAUGGUUCUGAAAUCCUCGAAUUGGGAUCCGGCUGUUUAAUGAUGUUUCAGCCGUCAUGGUUGUCCUCAGGUGCAUGCCUUAACACCGUCGCUGAAUGCUGUAAAUGGAGGAAGUCGCCCCAGUCGUGAACACACGAGUGUCAAGUGCUGCGUGUCGACGCCCUCCAGCACACGUGUCCGUAGCAGCGUGGCCCGGUUCCUUAGAGGCGGACCCUCACAAGGUAGCCUAGCCACGCUCAGGCUGGAGCCAUUCCGGCACGUGGUGGGUUCUGCUGGCGGCGACCUCAUGUCCUUCUGAUGCUCUUGGUUCGAUAUGUUGCUAGGCCACACCUGGGCCUACAAGUUUGCAGAGUCACACCUGACUGGGGCUCAUUAUACUCACAGGAAGUGUCGGCUGACCUGAAGUGCUUCAACUGCGUCCGCUUUCGUUCUUUUCUUUUCCGUACAAUAACGUAGAGCUCGGUAAGGUGGUGUAGACAAGAACAAAUGGUACGGAAGGAGGGUCAGCGUCGGCCUGGAGUGGUGCGUGGGACGCGGAACGUUGCGUGAUAUUUUAGUGUCCGCUUCAAUCCUUGUGUCGACUCUUUAGUUGUGCAAUAUUUUAGACAAAAGCUGUUUGUUCUUCGCUGUUACAUUUCAAUGUGACUUUUGCAGAAGUCGCGUGAAAAAUUGUCGUGAGGAAACAUCUCAUCCACAUAUUAGUUCUUACAUUUUAUUUAUACAGGUUAUUUCUUAUGCUAGUUACUGUAUAUAAUUUGUGGACUUGCUGAACAAGUGUAUCGUGUAAGACUGAUGUGGGGCGGCGCCGUCCCGUGUGCCCGAGUGUUCUCGUCUGUGUGUUUGCGCAGGGUUCGUCUGUUUGGUGGAGUCGGUGUCCAGCGUGAGGCUCCGCACAUCCCAGUGUUAUCUAUUUAUACGGUAAAAUAUGGUUCUGUCCGCAUGAGAGCCCAUAAAAGCGAACACUUCAUUUUCCGCAUGUUCAUAUUUCACUAGUGCAGGUAGCACCCUCAUGUGUUGGUUGAUAGGUAUUUAUUUCAAGAUUUCUACGAAGACACAUUACCGAUUCCAUGAAUGACGACCUAUAUGAGUCUCCUGUAAGAGUUAGGUUAACCUUUAUUUUUCACUUUGAAUUGAUGAAGUAAUCUGUAUUGGACAGUGUAGUUUGUGGCAUUUGAGUAUAACUGUGCUUCAUAGAUGUAGGCUUAAAGAAAAUACUUGAAAAACCAAAAUGAGGAUAUUAUUUGUCGGAUUUGGUGGCUGAAUGUCAGUAGUUUGUGUUUAUAAGGCAUGCCAUUUAAAUUAUUUUGCAGUUUUCUGUGUUUCAUGUUUUAGAGUAACGUGACAUGGGGGGGAGAUAAAGCAUGUUAAUGUUGAAACAGAUGUUCCACAGUGUCUGGUCCUGGAGACCUGGAGAGGUAGGCCUGUCCUCCUUUCUGUCUCUAGGUCUUGUACCCAUGAUGCACUUGGGUUGGGGACAGCAGGUGAGGAAUGGUGAUUCUAAUUUUCAUUUGUGAAAUGCUGUUUGUGAGAAGGAGGAGCUCGGAAAGGUAAAUUUUUUUUUUUUUUUUUUUUUUUUUCUCUCCUCCUGAUUUGCAGACCUGAGAUGAUUCGGGUUCCAGGUUCUGUCUUGUACUGUAAAACACAUGAUUUGAUCUUGUUGAGCUCAUGUUUUGGUUUCUUUUGUUUCCCUGGAAGUUGUCAGUUGUUAGCUGUUGCUUAAUAAAAAAUG